AGCGGACUAGGGUCUUUACUAUAUUAUUUCGGCCCAGUUUCUUGUCGCGUUUCUAUUUUCAAAACCAAACAAGCUUUUGCUCAGAACAAGCAUGGAAGCUCACCCAAAUCCUAAUAAGAAGGGCAGAGCCGGUGGGAAGAAAAAGCAGCAUCUCUUCAGUGGUGACAUAGUCUUCACUUCCAAGAAUGGAUCCAUCCAGAAUAUACCCUGUCUGAACAAACGGCUCAAGUCAGUCACUGAUGCUGUUAUUGGCCUGCAGUACAUAUGGGAGUAUCGAAGCCCAUCUAAGUCGGUUCCUCCCCAUUACCAGUGUAAACUGUGUAAAGUUCAGCGGCUGCAGAAUGAAAUGGCUGCUCACAUCACUGGCUGGAAACACGGAUUCAGAUACAUGAAGCAGAACCACAAAGACAAGGUUCCCCAUGAGGAAGAGGCUGCACUUAAAGAUCCAGCCAUCAGGAAAGCCAUUAAAGCUACUGCUACUGAAGUGGAGAAAUCUGAGGGAAGAGGUCAAAUUAAGACUGUGCUAAAGGAGCCAUUUGAGGUUAUGGUGUUUCAGGCUAUGAAGUCUGCACAACCCAAUCCAGCAUUUGCAGGAGCUGCUGGUCUUCUUGGGCCUUCUCCAAGAGGGUUAAAACCAGGUGGUCCAUAUGGAGGUCCAGUGUACAUGGGGGAUUUCCCACCCCGGGGUGGCAUGAUGACCGAUUUCCCCCCUGGCAGGCGUGGGGGUAUGGAUGAACCCCCCAUGAGGAGAGGUUAUUCUGAUAUGGGAGACUUCACUAGCCCAGGUCGCUAUGGUAACGGCAUGCCUGGACCAGACAGGGGGAUGAUGGAAACAGAUGACAUGCAGCAUUUCCCUGAUGAUGGACCCAUGCGCAUGGGCCCAGAUGGCUUUGGGCCUGGUCAGCGUAAUGAGGGCAGGGGCAGACCUUUCCCUAAUGACAUGCCGAUGAACAGCAGCGGCGACAGAUUGAUGGGACAUGGCCCUAAAGGCCCGGAGAACAAUAGCCUCCCGGCAACACUGCUCAAAUACCUGGACUCUUUCCGUAUUGAAAACGAGGACGAUGCUCAGAUUGUCUUAAAGGUCACACAGAAGCUCACAGAUGUUCUGAUGGAGUAUCGCCUCAGAAGCAUUUCAUCGGUGCCCAGUGUGAAGCCUCUGCCCUCCAUGAAUUACUCAUCCUCGCGUCUUCCACACAACUCAAAUGACAGAUUCUCCAGCGGCAUGCCAGGUCCAUCAAGAUUCUACAACUGAACAUUGAUCUGAUGGAUGAGGCCAAGACUUGGAUGCAACCUGCUUUGCCUGUUUUUGACAUGGCUUUUUUGACUUUGUUCCUGACCAAACUUUUUUUUUUUCUUGACUUUUAGGCUGCUUUGUUUUUACAGUGUAUACAUGAGUAGAAUUAUUUUAAAUGUUUAAUUUUUUUCUUUCUCUUUUGAUGAAAGAAACAGGUUUGUAGCAACACAGUUUUAGUGAGUGAUUAAACCGUCUUUAAGUGAAGUCCGUAAGAUCCUCAAACAAUGUGACUGCUUGUUUCUAAAGGUCUGUUGCCAUGUGUAAAAUAAAUUCAUAGUUCCUUACAGAA